AUGAAGGUCUCAAAGCUUACUGCGAUGGAUGUGGGGAACUGCUUUCAACUCCAUGCUUCACUUGUAUUCAUUGCAGUUAUCACCUUCACAAGCAAUGUGCAGAGGCACCCCUUGAAAUUUUUAAUCACCCUCUCCAUCUCAAGCACAUAUGCCAACGUCUUUUUCUUCGACAAAGGCCACUUCCUAGUGAUCGCAAGCAAAUGUGCUAAAUUAUCUUCUUCAUAUAAGUUUAACCAACAGGCCAAACUUGGCAUCCACUCACAUCCAUUGACCUUCAUAGAAAGUCCUAUGGCCAUAGAUGUACUCAAAAGAUUGAACUGUUGCUGGUGUCACGAACCAUUGAUAGAUGCUAUAUAUUUUUGUGUUGAUUGUCCAUCAUUCAUCAUUCACAAGAAAUGCCUUGAUGAGUUACCCACUAAAAUUAAUCACCCUUCCCAUCACAUACACCCUCUGUUCCUUAAUCGUAGUGAUGAUCGUUUUUGCAAGCUAUGCCAAAAGGAACAUUUUGGAGCUUUUUAUGGCUGUUCUCUUUGCCAUUUUAACAUCAGCCUUGAAUGUGCUUUGCUGAGGUCCAUUGUUGAAGAUAAAAGCCGUCAUCAGCACCCGUUCACCUUAUUUUGGAAACAAGACUCAUUCAUUUGUGAUGCAUGUGGCACAGAAGGAAAUUAUAGUUCUUACAUAUGUUCUACAUGUUGCAUCACAAUCCAUAAAGAGUGCACUUCACUCCCACACAUUAUCAAAUUUUCUCGACAUGAUCAUUGCAUUUUUCACAAAUAUUUUCUUGAAACACAAGAGCUUACAAAGCAAGAUUGCAAGAUUUGUUUCAAAGAAGUGAAACUAGAUCGUGGGAGUUACUCUUGUGGGAAGCCUGGUUGCAAUUACGUUGCCCAUGUGAAUUGUGUCUUAGAGAAUAAAGAUUUGUACAAGGUAAUUGAGGAAGAAAAGCAAUGUGAGGAGCUUGAUGAAAAAUCUAUGCAGUCUCCGAUCAUUCGUGUUAUUGAGGUGAAUGAAAUUGGGGAAGCUACAAGUAUUAAUGCCCGUUUUUUCUUCAUAAAACCUGUGCUGAAUUGCCAAGAAUCAAGCAACAUUGGUUUCAUCAAAGCAAUGCCACCCUCAAUUUCAACAGAUUCAAAUAUUGUGGCUUUUGUGGUCGAUAUUGUAGUGGUUUCUUCUACGAUAUUAAAGGGCGAAAAAUAUUGUAAUGGUUGUGGAAAAAGGUGUCAAUUGGGUGCAUUCAGAUGUGGGAAGUGCAAAAUUGUUUUGGAUUUUGGAUGCUUAACAGUACCACAUUUAGCUGUUCACAAAAUUGAUGAACACAUGCUAAACCUUACUUAUAUGAUGAUAAGGAGCAAUCUUAUUGCGAUAUUUGUGAACAAGAAAGAGAUCCAAGCUUUUGGUAUUAUUCUUGUUCAAUCUGUGAUACUUCUGCUCAUCUCAAAUGUGUUCUCGAAGAAUUUCCAUUUCUAA